AACGCCGAAACGAAAGCAAUCACCCAAGUGAUCCGAUAAACAGAGAGAGAGAGAGAGAGAGCGUGUGAUAUUUGUAAAGCAACAUCACAGAUUAAACCCAAAAAUAAUUCAAUUCAAAAAGUGACCGUUUGAAAUCAGAUCGUUUUGGGAGGGGUUCUGUGCGGUUUUUCUCUCCCGCCAAGGUCUCCAAUGGCCGAGCUGGACAGCAGCAGCGCCAGCCUCGACCACGUCCACAAGACCAAGUCCCUGAUCUGCGCCCUCAACUUCCUCUUCCGUAACCUCCCCCUCCCUCCCGACUUAUUCAACGUCGUUUCCAACAUCUACGCCGCCGCCCCGGAUGCCCCUCUCGACGGUGACGAGGGUUUGGAUGGCCCUGAUAGUUCUGCUGCAGGAGAAGAUUUAUUAGCAGACCUUGGAGAUGCACUUUUGGAACAACGUCAAAAUUUCACGUCGGGUGCUGCAUUAAUAGAAUCGAAAGAAAAACGUUAUGAAAGCCACAUUCAGCAUCGGUUAACCGAACUCGAAGAAUUACCUUCAAGUAGAGGGGAGGACCUGCAGACAAAGUGCUUGCUCGAACUCUAUGGGCUAAAGCAGCUUGCAGAAUUGCAAAAGAAGGUCCGCUCUGAAGUGAGUUCAGAAUACUCACUCCGUAUGCAUUGUGAGCAUCCUGACAAAACAUUGUUUGACUGGGGCAUGAUGCGAUUGCGCAGUCCACUGUAUGGUGUUGGAGAUGCUUUUGCCAUGGAGGCCGAUGAUCAGUUCAGGAAGAAACGAGAUGCUGAGCGCCUCUCAAGGUUAGAAGAGGAGGAGAAGAACAACAUUGAGACUAAGAAAAGAAAAUUCUUUACAGAAAUACUUAAUGCUGUUCGUGAAUACCAAUUGCAAAUUCAGGCUUCUAUGAAACGUCGGAAACAGAGGAAUGAUCAUGUCCUGAGUUGGCAUGGAAAGCAAAGACAACGAGCCACAAGGGCUGAGAAAUUGAGGUUCCAGGCCUUAAAGGCAGAUGAUCAGGAAGCAUACAUGAGAAUGGUAAAGGAGAGCAAGAAUGAAAGGCUAACAAUACUUCUUGAAGAAACAAAUAAACUCCUCGUUAAUUUGGGAGCUGCUGUUCAGCGGCAGAAAGAUUUUAAGCAUUCAGAGGGUACUGAAGAAAUGAAAGACUCUGAAGGUGAUUUGACAGAGUUGGAAGAAGAUGUGGACUUCAUUGAUUCUGAUUGUAAUGAUGACAGUAGUGACUUGCUUAAAGGGCAGCGGCAGUAUAACUCAGCCAUCCAUUCUAUUGAGGAACAGGUGACUGAGCAACCCUCCAUGCUUCAAGGUGGAGAACUAAGGUCUUACCAGGUUGAGGGCCUACAAUGGAUGGUUUCCUUGUUCAAUAACAAUCUAAAUGGUAUUUUGGCUGACGAGAUGGGAUUGGGUAAAACCAUUCAAACUAUAUCAUUGAUUGCAUAUCUCAUUGAAAACAAGGGUGUCACUGGACCCCACUUGAUAGUGGCUCCGAAGGCCGUAUUACCAAAUUGGGUUAAUGAAUUCGCAACAUGGGCUCCUAGUAUUGUUGCUAUUCUUUAUGAUGGACGUCAAGACGAAAGAAAGGCAAUGAGGGAAGAAUUAUCAGGGGAAGGAAAAUUUAAUGUGUUGAUCACACAUUAUGACCUUAUCAUGAGGGAUAAACAAUUUUUGAAAAAAAUCAACUGGUACUACUUGAUUGUUGAUGAAGGGCAUAGGUUGAAGAAUCAUGAGUGUGCUCUUGCACAAACACUUGCAGGUUAUGAUAUGCGACGAAGACUUCUGUUGACUGGUACCCCAAUACAGAAUAGCUUGCAGGAGUUGUGGUCCCUGCUUAAUUUCCUUCUCCCACACAUUUUUAAUUCAGUUCAAAAUUUUGAGGAAUGGUUUAAUGCACCUUUUGCGGAUCGGGGCAGUAUUACCCUUACUGAUGAAGAACAGCUAUUGAUCAUUCGCCGUCUACAUCAAGUUAUACGGCCCUUCAUACUGAGGAGGAAAAAAGAUGAGGUGGAGAAGUUCCUUCCUGGAAAAUCUCAAGUCAUACUGAAAAGUGACAUGUCAGCAUGGCAGAAAGUAUAUUAUCAACAAGUUACAGAUGUGGGCAGAGUUGGGCUCGAUAAUGGUUCUGGAAAAUCAAAGAGCUUGCAGAACCUGACAAUGCAGCUCAGGAAGUGUUGUAACCACCCAUACCUUUUUGUGGGAGAUUAUAACAUGUGGCGCAGGGAGGAGAUCAUCAGAGCAUCAGGAAAGUUUGAACUACUUGAUCGUCUACUCCCAAAACUCCACAAAGCGGGGCACAGAAUCCUGCUUUUUUCACAAAUGACUCGUCUCAUGGACAUUCUUGAAAUUUAUUUGCAACUUCACGACUUUAAGUAUCUUCGACUGGAUGGUUCAACAAAAACUGAGGAAAGGGGGACUCUGCUAAAGAAAUUCAACGCUCCAGACUCUCCUUUCUUCAUGUUUCUCUUGAGCACUCGUGCUGGAGGCCUUGGUUUGAACUUACAAACUGCUGAUACGGUAAUAAUUUUCGACAGUGAUUGGAAUCCACAAAUGGACCAACAGGCGGAGGACCGGGCCCAUCGUAUAGGUCAAAAGAAAGAAGUUAGGGUAUUUGUGUUGGUUAGUGUUGGAUCAAUCGAAGAAGUAAUUUUAGAGCGUGCUAAAGAGAAGAUGGGCAUAGAUGCCAAGGUCAUCCAGGCCGGACUAUUUAAUACAACUUCCACAGCUCAGGACAGAAGAGAGCUGUUGGAGGAAAUCAUGCGCAAGGGUACAAGAUCACUUGGGACAGAUGUACCAAGCGAGCGAGAGAUCAACCGCCUUGCUGCCAGAUCAGAAGAAGAGUUCUGGAUGUUUGAGAAAAUGGAUGAGGAGAGAAGGCGAAAGGAGAACUACAGAUCUCGCCUUAUGGAAGACCAUGAGGUUCCCGAGUGGGCAUAUUCAACACCUGAUAAGCAAACUGCUACCAAAGGCUUUCAUAGUGGCAGCAUCACGGGAAAGCGCAGGAGAAAGGCAGUACAGUCUUAUUCUGAUGGCCUUAGUGAUUUACAGUGGAUGAAAGCUGUAGAAAAUGGAGCAGACAUAUCGAAGCUUUCAGGAAGAGGAACAAAGAGAAAUCAUGUUCAAUCAGAUAGCGUUGAAUUAGUUAGUGGUAAUGCAGGAACAGAGGAAAAAGUUGCGAAAUUGAUUCAAAAUGUUCCGUUGGCAAAAGAGGGAGCAAGUGAAGAUACCUAUGAGUUGACCCCAGGCUCGAAGAGACAGAAGUCUGAAGAUCUGGAAGUAGAGAAACAUGAAAGUCAUGCAGCUGGAGGAAGUGGUUUGAAUGGGCCUAUCUUGACAUUCAAGAUACAUCGAAAAAAGAGAUCAAGCUAUGUUAACCCAGGUUCCUCCUCCGAUGGUAGAGGGCAAAAUUCCAAUGUAAGAGGUAAUGGAUGGGCUUAAUCGAAUUAGCUCAGCAGCGAACCCCUCAUGACUUCUUACCUGAGCAUGAUUGUGGCUGCUGGUCUUGUACAUGGUCUUCAGCAUUGAUCAGCUUUCUGCUGAUCUUUUACAUCUCAGCGCAGCAAAUGCUUGAUGUUGACUUAACCUCCGUACAUUCUGCUGGUUGUGCGAAGCCUGGCAGUUAGAGCAGCAACGCGAACUUUAUCGAUAGCACCUUCCGAUCUCAUUGUCGGGCUCAGUAGGCAUUGUGGUAGGAUAAUGAAUCUAAGAUGUCUGCACCACUUGUAUCAAAGAAGAAUAACGGUAGGGAAAUGUAUAAAUUAAUAAUCUUUUGGUUUGCAAUUAUUUGGAGUGUUUUUAAGAAUAAGAUUGCAUCUGUUUCUUGGAAGUUAUUUAACAAGAAAGUUCUUGCUCGUAAA